AUGCAAGCCGCAGCCAGUGCCGCGGUGUUGAACUCUCCAGCUUAUGCAUACAAAUAUAAUCCCCAACAGCGCUCCCUUGACUCCUGUUCCUCUUCCCAUGCUCCUUCUCCCCCCAAGGCCGCUUUCCAUAAUCGCGGGGGUUCAAAUUUCUUGAGAGGUGGGACUUCUUCCUUGGGAAGGCCACAAAAUUUGGUGAGGCGGAUCGUAGGUCGUUCCGACCGGAUUAUUUUGUCCAAGGAUUCGCGGAAAUUAGUUGUGAGAGCUGUUGCGACUCCGGAUUCAGCUGUGGAAUUGCCCCUCACCGUAGAAAAUGUUGAGAGCGUGUUGGAUGAAGUUAGACCUUAUCUUAUUGCAGAUGGAGGUAAUGUUGCGUUGCAUGAAAUAGAUGGAAACAUUGUGAAGCUGAAGCUACAAGGAGCAUGUGGAUCCUGUCCGAGCUCCACAGUGACCAUGAAAAUGGGCAUUGAACGCCGUCUGAUGGAGAAGAUCCCUGAGGUGGUUGCCGUUGAAGCAGUGCCAGAUGAAGAAACUGGCCUUGAAUUGAAUGAAGAAAAUAUAGAAAAGGUCCUUGAGGAAAUUAGACCCUAUCUUGUUGGUGCAGCCGGUGGAACAUUGGAAUUUGUUGCUAUUGAGGAGCCAAUAGUUAAGGUCAGGAUAACCGGCCCUGCUGCUAGUGUGAUGACUGUUCGGGUUGCAGUUACGCAAAAACUGAGAGAAAAAAUUCCAGCUAUUGCCGCAGUACAGCUCUUGCAGUAG